AUGUCCCAACUGUGGAAGAGCGAGUCUGUGGCCUUGCGAGAGAUUUCCAGGUUCAACGAAGGCGUACAAUGUAGAACAAGGGGCGCCAUUUGGGCGAACGCUGAGAAAGGCGAGUUUUGGAUUUUGGGUGGCUACCUGCCAAAAAUUGCUGAUGGCAUUAAUGACACGUUUAUCUGGAAAUUUACCGCCGACGGUUGGGGCGGUGGCUCUUGGGCGAAGGAAACCCUUUUAAACUUCGAAAAGCUUCCCAGUUUGCAGCAAACGAAAGAUAGUGCGUUUAUGGUAGCUCACGACAAGGGCUAUGUUCUGGGGGGUGUAGGAAGCUGGCUACCGUCGGACGAAGAUGCAGGCCCCGGAAUGGUAACCUACGGUUUUAGAUCUAAGGUGGUGGACAACGGGACAGGCCCUGGCAUUCGCAUCUUGCGUAAACCAGCCAUAUUGACAGGAGCAAACCUGCUGUUUGUGCCAGGAUAUAACAUGCCAAACGGGCUAGAUUUGGUCCUUGGGGGGUAUGCUCUUGCUACUUUCGAUGGAACAGCAAAGGUUGAGGAGUCGCAUCCACUGGACUUGCACAAUCUGACAUUCUUUGAUCCGGUAACCAACGAACAGUACUGGCAGCUGACAACAGGAGACAUACCUCCCUCUCCCCGCUCACGCGCUUGUGUCGCUGGACCCUUCCGCACACCUGGAGGAAAUUACGAUUUGUAG